UUCAACUCUCAACUUUCCCCACCUUUUAUAUAUCCUUUUCACUCGGAUUUUCUGUAAAAAAAGAAAUAAAAACAAAAAACCAGAGCUUAGCUAGCUUUGCUUCAACAACUUGCAUGUUCAUAAAGCUCAGAGGAAUUCAACAAGAACUUAUAUUACUGGUUUGAAAGGUGACAGAGUCUUUGAAUAUAGAUUUCCCGGCGGAAAUCUUGAAAGGGCAGCCGUAAUUUUCCGAGAAAAGAUCUGGGUAAGCCGUGAUUUUUCGUGUUCUUGGCUGGGUACAUGUGUUUGUCUAUAAAGGUGGCGAACCGAAAAGAUUCCGGCGGAUAUGCCAGGUUUCCGGCCACGGGCAGCGGGGAAGAAGAGGCUUCGGCUUCCGCUUCGGCUUCGGCCGUGGAGGAAGGCCCUUCCGAGUCCUUCGACGAAAUGAUUCGGCGGGAGAUACAACAGGAGGCGGAUUACCUGUUAUCGGCGGCGGCUGCGCCGCCGCCGAUGUUCUCCGGGUAUGGACAGUCCGGGGAGAUGUCGGCGGUGGUGACGGCCCUCACGCAAGUUAUGUCCUCCCAGAGGUCACCCGGAGAACAGUGGAGGUUUGGCGGCGCCGCCGCUGCUCCUUCCUUGGGCGGCGUGUAUUCCGUCAAUUCGCCGUCGUCCACUUACUCGUCGACGAGCUCCAGCUCCGGCGCCGGUCAGAAACGGAGACGUGAACAGGAAGAAAGUGUUACUCAGCUUCCUGAACAUGUUCAAAGGGUUUAUGGAGGGUUUGGAGACUUUAGAACUCCGGCAGAAACUACCUCUUCCUCUGUUAAAUCUGAGGAAGGUGCUGGCAUUGUGGGGCCGCCGCCGGCGACCGUCGGCGCCGCUACGUCGGAAGUGGGGACAGCUUCGGUUGAUCAAGAAACGGGAGAGAGGAGGAGAAGAUACAGAGGAGUGAGGCAGAGGCCGUGGGGGAAAUGGGCGGCGGAGAUAAGGGACCCACACAAAGCGGCGAGAGUUUGGCUGGGGACGUUUGAGACGGCGGAGGCGGCGGCCAGAGCCUACGAUGAAGCCGCCCUGAGGUUCAGGGGAAACAGGGCAAAGCUCAACUUCCCGGAGAACGUGCGGCUAAUGCCGCCGCCGCCGCAGCCACGGCCGCAACAGGCGGCGGCGACGAGGAUGCAUGCGGCGGUUUCCGGCGCCGCGCAAUUGCCGGUAAUCGCUCCUCCACGGCCGCCGCUAAUGCUCCAAUCUCAGCCGCACGCGGCGGUUCAAGGCGGCGGCUCUGGUGUCUCCGGCGACUACUGGGAAUACUCGCAGCUGCUCCAGAACCCCGGCGAGCUUCUCAGCCAGCAGCCAAGAAGCUUGCUAGAGCAAAUGUACUAUGCGUCAUCAAUGGCGGUUUUGCAUUCCCAUUCAAUGCCUUCGUCAUCCGCCGCCUCUGCUUCACCCUCCUCCUCUUCUUCAUUUCCCCUGCUCUUCUCCGCCGCCCAACCAUCAACCCAAUCCAGCUUUUUCCGGCCACCGUCCACUCAAAGUCCGCCUACAAGUUCCAAUUUCCGGCCACCAUUCUGGACUAGCUCUGCCCAUUAUCCCCCCUCUUCUAGUUGAACUUUAAACUUCUCUAAAGGCCUCUUCUUUUUCCCUUCAUACAAAAAAGAUAUAAUUUUUUCCAUUUUAUUAUGAAAUAUUUUCAAUUCUUUGGGAAAAGAAUUAUAGGAAGAAAAAAAAAAAAACUGAUAUCUUAGAGGUUGAUAAACCAUAAAAAUUCCUAAUUGCUUAGCUUA